CCCCAGACCGGACGUGGGCCGGACGCCGGCAGGAAGCGGCGGGGUCGCAGGGUCCUGCCCGGGACUGAGCCACGUCCGCGGGGGCCGUGGCGGCGCGGCUGACGCGGGCCGGGGCCGGGCGCGAUGGCGGACUGGGCUCGUGCUCAGAGUCCCGCUGCUGUGGAGGAGAUUCUAGACCGGGAGAAUAAGCGGAUGGCCGACAGCUUGGCGUCCAAGGUCACCAGGCUCAAAUCGCUGGCCCUGGACAUCGAUAGGGAUGCGGAAGACCAGAACCGGUACCUGGACAGCAUGGACUCGGAUUUCUCAAGCAUGACAGGGCUGCUCACGGGGAGCGUGAAGCGCUUUUCCACAAUGGCGAGGUCUGGGCGAGACAACCGGAAGCUUCUGUGUGGUGUGGCCGCGGGCCUCAUCGUGGCCUUCUUCAUCCUCUCCUAUCUCCUGUCAAGGGCAAGGACUUGAGCCACAAGGAGCUGACUUCUGUGGGUGCCUGGGGCAACCAGGGCCUUCCCCUGCCUGGUGUCCUAGGCUCCAGAGGACCCACCUACAAAAUACUCCUUUGAAAUGAUGAUCGGGACUUGGGAAUUUUCUUCCUGUGUGGUCGGACUUCCCGGCUGCCUCUGACCGAGCGAGCUCAUCCUGGCUGGCCCCGUGGCCGUAAGUCUCUCUCUUGCGGAAACCAACGGCCACCCACCUGUGCUGCUGUGGGUGUGAGAGGGCAGAGCCUGUGGGAAUCGAGGACACGGCUACCUGUGGCCAGCAGCCCUUCCCUUAUCCCUUGGGGCUUUGACUUCUUGGGGCCCUGCCCCAUCCACAUCUCUGGGUAAGGCCACGUCUGAUGCCUGAGGUGCCAACACAGGGAGGGGGGUUUGGCGGUGAAGUUGGAGCACCAUUGCCUCAGCUCAGAGAUGGCAACUACUGUUGGGGGCUGGACGUGGCAGCUCAGCUGGGCUCCUGGGCCAGGGCAGGUCAGCCUCGGGGGAGGACAGGGUGUUGUGGAUGUAGAAGUGGACUGCAGCCUGGACUGGAGGCACUGGGCUCUGACUCUUCUGGAUCUCACAGUCUUGUAUCCGUGGGCACAAAGUUCCGUUUUCUCAGCAUCCACUGUCUGGCCGACACCAAAGAUGGAUUUCCGGGAGACCAGACAUCUAGAAGCAGUUCCCUCUGGCAUCUUGGAGUCAGGCAGGGUGUGUGUUGGGGGCAGGCGUUCUCUGACUGGAGGCUUCCCUACAAGGGCUCUCUCCGUAGGAUCUGUGGGUCCCUUUGAGGGUCAGCGGGCAGCUUCCCCUCCACCACGUGAGGCCCUUCGACAGUGAGCAUCCCUUACUGAGGCAACUCUUAGUCCCUCCACCCAGCCUCUGCAGACUGCUCUCCAGGCGUGCCUCCCCCGGGCCCUCCCUGCCCGCUUCGCCAGCCCCAUUCACACACACAGCAGCACAGGCCCAGCUGGGCCAGCGGCUUCCUACCCUGUGGUGGGGUGUCAGCACCGUCAUUGUGCGUCAGCACACGUGAGAAGCGGUCGGUCAGCUGUGCGUUCUUCUCUGUCCUUGCUGCCAUCUGCCUGCCCGGUCACUCCCCUGACUCCCAGAGGACUGUGGGCGCUGCCCCGCACUGCCCGCUGUGUAGUCCCCUGUAUGGCUCCCACACAGUGACCGCACCUCGGCUCCGGGCACCUCACUUUCCUGCCGCCGCUGCCUGCUUUCCCUUCUGCUCUUCCUGUCCCUUGUCCGUUCCGCAAGCCUGGCCUCUCCUCACAUGGUCACCGUAGCUGCUGCUCCAUUGUACCUGCUGGGCCACUCAGCCUCCCGUUGGAGGGGAGCCUACUUUCCUCCGCCUGAGUGCCCUGUUCUGACUUGCCCUGGCCCCUCCGGGUGCUAGUUCUCAUGCGGGGAGGUCAGCGUACCUGCCUCCUUGUCUGGGGGGCUAUGCUGUUUCCCUUGACACCUUGACAUUCCUUCUCAGGCCCCCGGGGUCCUGUCUCCCUCCCCAGUCCCCACGCACUGUAUCUCUGAGUUACCGAUCUCAUGUUAAGGCUUGCCACAGGGGCAUGUCCUCUGGUGGCCACCAAGCGUACUAGGCCUUUGUAGUGUCUCCAUUUUGCACCCACACUCUUGCGUCCCUGCCCAGGCCUGUGCUGCUGACCUCUUCCUGAUGACGUGGCUCAGCUGUGGGAGCCGCACCACGCUAUGGGUUCGAUGCAGGCUAGAUGAGAUUCUGUUUUAGGUAGUCUUGACGGGUGCUUCCUGCUGUCCCCUUGAUAGCUCAGGCUGCUGUGUUCUCUCCUAAAGCCCCAUCUGCCUCCUCACCCCCACUUCCACGGCUCUUUGUGGCCCUUCCAGCUAUUUGGGGGUCUGGCUUUUAGUUCCUUUCUGGUUUACCUUUUCGUCUCUCAUUCUGAUUGUAUCGGGAUGGAUUCCACGUUGGGGGUGUGGCAGCUCUGCCAUGGCCUGUGUGGCCUUCCACCCUCCUGCCCUGUCUGCAGCUCUCGCGCUACUGCUGUGCUGUCUGCUGACAUGGGUCCCUGAAGCCAUUGACAGAAAGAGGACCUCGGGGCCCAGCCUUUGCCAAGUGAGGACACACUGCCAGGCUCUAUCCCACAAUUCAAGGACAAGACUUUUAACCAUAGAAACUUGGAAUAAACAGCUUCAUGAUGAAGCAAACA